AUGGCCGCUAGAUCCCCGCUCGCGUCCUCACCCACCCCAAGAUCAAACCAUCCGCCGCACCUCGCCGAUGCUGAUUCCUACAGGGAAAGGGACUUACAAGAUCGAUCCCCAUACGCCGCCGCGCCAGCCACGAACUCAAAUCGCAACUCUUCUUAUUUCCCCCAACAACCCCCCGCUACCACCUCUUCUACUCCCCUCUCCCAAGCUGCUCCUGUGCAGUACGACGAAGACCAAGAAACACAAUUCAACACUCUCGCCAAUUCAAACACUGGCCAUCACCCGCAGUACUUUUCGCAAGACGGCGAUCUUGCUUACUACGAUACCCAGAACCUGGCUGCGAACAGCACCCUGCUUGUACCUCCAGCCACUGCCCGCGGCAAGUUCACAGAGGAGUGGGAUGCAAGUCAAAGAGGCAGUAGUAUUAUAGACGGGCCGUCUUCCAACAUGCCGCGCUCGAACUCUUUCGUUUCCAACGCCGGGGAGGAUCACCUGAACCUCCCCUCGAGGCACAAUACUCUCAAGAAGAAGAGCUCCUUGCGCAGGAAUGGCAGUCUCAAGCGCAGCAGCAGUCGGAGGAGUAUGAAGGCCGGCAGCGUCCGCAGCUUAGCAUUGCAGUCAACUUCAGAUCCCGACGAGGCGCAUAGCGCCUUCCACUGUCCCGUUCCGACAUCUGGCAACCCUACUGAGGCACUAUCCAACAGGUUUCAGUCUUGGCGCAAGAUUCUCAAGGAUUUAAUCGCAUACUACCGCGAGAUUCAGACACAUUACGAGCACAAGUCCAAGUCGCUUCUGAAGCUCGCUAACGUCGCCAAUAACAUUUCCACUCCGCCCGGCUUUCUCGAAUCGGGAGGUAUCGACGAUGCCUUACAAAUGCUGCGUACUUACCAUAAGAGUGCCAUCCUUGAAUCCAACAAGGCCAAGGAAAUCGAAGAGGACGUCAUAUUGGCGCUGACAGGCCUGAGAAGCGACCUGCACCAAAAGAUUAAGGAGAUCAAGAAUCUGUCAGGCGACUUCAAGAACUCUGUCGAAAAGGAGAUGGACGGCACUCGGAGAGCCGUCAAGGUUUUGCAGGAUACACUAGGCCAAAGCGACCUAGACCCAUCCCUGACGACCGGCAAGCAAGACCCCUAUCUCUUACGUCUUGCUGUCGACAGACAAGUCGAACGACAAAUUGACGAGGAAAACUAUCUCCACCAAGCUUAUCUCAACUUGGAAAACUCCGGUCGCGAAUUGGAAUCCAUCGUGGUUGGCGAGAUCCAGAAGGCGUAUAAUGCAUAUGCUGGGAUCCUUAAGCGUGAGUCCGACGCCGCCUACAACGCUAUCGAGGAGCUCCGUAUCGGGCCAAUCUCGAUGCCCAAGGACCAUGAGUGGACGUACUUUGUUCAGAAGGACGACCAAUUCGUUGAUCCCAAUAUCCCGAUUCGCUCGGCUGAGCACAUACACUAUCCUGGCCGAGAUCACGUCGCCAGCCAGGAGAUCCGGGCCGGGCUUCUCGAACGCAAGAGCAAGUACCUCAAGAGCUACACCGCAGGCUGGUAUGUACUUUCUCCGACUCAUCUUCAUGAAUUCAAAUCGGCGGACAAGGGUCAAGCACCCGUCAUGUCCUUGUACCUUCCAGAGCAGAAAUUAGGUUCUCAUUCCAGUGAGGGAGGGUCUUCGAACAAGUUUAUCCUCAAGGGACGCCAAACGGGAUCUAUGCACCGUGGCCACACAUGGGUUUUCCGGGCUGAAAGUCACGAUACCAUGAUGGCUUGGUAUGAAGACAUUAAGGUGCUCACCGAACGGUCACCGCAAGAAAGGAGCGAAUUUGUGCGAGGCCACGUCCGGAGUCUCAGCCAGUCUUCACAGCGGUCCAUUAGCAGCGACGGUGUUCUCGACGACGACGACGACGAACCAUACUCGGCGGACACAGCAGUCGCAGCCAGCACGAGCUCGAAGCAGGACCUUCGCCGUCCCGAAGCAGGUGGGCGGUUCCCAUCCGACAUCCAGGUCAACGCGCAGCGAGGCUUACAGGCACCUCUUUCGCCAUCUAGUGUAAGCUCGGGUUUCGACAACUUGGAAAGAGAAGCGACUGUUCAACCGUCUCCUUUGCCAGGCGGCAUGCUGAGCGCUUCUCACCCCAACGGAUACGGUGGCACUGUUCGGACUCCGAUGGAAGAGACGCCCUCCAAUGCAGCAAUCGUCAGCCAGCAAGCCAAGGAAGAUGGCGUCAAUCCUUACACGAACGAGCCACUGCGUCGUUCCCAGUCUUUGAACCGAAGGUCUCACGCAGCAUACGUCUCCUCGACGGGCAUGCAAAGGACACAUAGCCAACAGGUCACCCCAGCCAAGUUUGACGAUGAUUCUCGGCCCGCAUCAUCCAUUGAUUAUGAGCGCGGUCUCGAGACACCUGGCGGCAACAGUCAGUACGGCUACUGGAUGAAUGGCAGCGGGAAGCAGACGUCGGACGCUUCUCAUCAGGCUUUUUCACCGCAAAACACCAAUGAAUACCCUGCAUCUGGUGGCCGGAGUGGAGGGGAUGUCAACGCGGACCCAAACGUCAGAGUUGGGGGCGGACACGGGCUGAGGAAUGGACACACCCAGAUCGAUGUUUCUUCAAACGGAAAACCUGCUCCUAAGAACCAGGAUCUCCUUCGUCAGUCUCUUACACGGCCCACGGUCGGCACCAUGAGGAACGAUAGUGUUCCGACGAUUUCCAACUUACACAUUCCUGGCGAAUACCCCAAGGGCGGCACGCCAACUGUCGAGGCGAGACAGUAA